GUCCCGACAGACAAACAGACAGACAGACCGUCAGACAGUCAGUCAGUUUUAGUCACGUGACCAAACAUCAUCAGCUGAAGAAACUCAAGUCAUGGCUGAUCAGGAAUCGCUCAUUUCUCAGUUUGCGGCAAUUUCUGGCGCCGACAAUGAACGUGCCAAGUUUUAUUUGGAGUCCGCUGCUUGGAAUUUGGAGUCAGCGCUUGGGAGUUUUUAUGAAGAGGGUGAAGAAAGUCCUACAGAACCACUAGGUGUUAGACCAGAGGCAGAAGGUGCUCCAAACACACCACAGCAGCCAUCUGCACAAACUACUCCACAAGCAAGAAUCAAUAUGAUAGGACAAGAAAGUGACAGUAGUGAGGAUGAAAGUGGUCAGGCCUUUUAUGCAGGUGGCUCCACACAUUCUGGUCAGCAAGUUUUAGGGCCUCCAAAAAAGAAAUCAGAUAUGGUGGCCAAACUCUUCAAAUCUGCCAAAGAGCAUGGAGCUGAAGUAGUUGAAGGAAGUAAGGAUGGGAAGAAAUCUAAGAAGUUUAAUUAUUCUGGUACUGGUUAUCGCCUUGGAGAGACCAAUGAUGAUACACAGGGUAUAGGAAGAGGGCGGGAGGAGCAUGACGUCGCUAAUUUGGAGAGUGUGAUUUUGACAAAAGCAAUCAUCCCAGCAGCUGGAAAAGAGGAGGAGGAACCACGAGAUGUUUUACUAAAAAUGUGGCGCACAGGGUUCACCGUAGAUAAUGGACCUUUGCGUUCAUAUGAGGAUCCUAGCAAUGCAGAGUUCCUCAAUUCUAUUAGAAGAGGUGAAAUUCCUUUGGAACUAAUACGUGAAGCACGCGGAGGAGAGGUUUACAUCAAUAUGGCUGACCAUCGCCAUGAAGAUUAUGUCGCACCUAAAACUUCUUUGAGACCAUUUACUGGCUCAGGUCAUUCAUUAGGAAGUCCUGCACCCAAUGUUGUUGGCCAGGUUUCACAUCUAUCUGGGGCUGUAGGGGGAGCAAGUAAGACCAGUGCUGUUUCUGCGGCUUCAUUGGACCCAAAAGCAGCAGAAAAGAAAGCUCAGGAUGAUUUAAAAAUUGAUUCACAACAGCCAACUACAAAUAUUCAGGUACGCUUACCAGAUGGGUCACGCCUCAUCAUAAAACUGAAUCACACUCAUGCUGUCAGUGACAUUCGACAGUAUAUAUCAACUGCCCGUCCGUCCUAUGAAACCACAGAAUUUGCCCUCAUGACAACAUUCCCGCAUGCAGAAGUAACUGAACUUUCUCAAACUGUAGCAGAAGCUAAACUUCUUAAUGCUGCGCUAGUCGUUAAACCAAAAUAGUAGAUCAUUAUUAAAGAGAUGGAUGUACACUUAUAUAAUGUACAUGAACUUGUUAUCAAAAAUGAAAAUGGACUGAUCGGGAUAUCAUUCUUAAUUGUGUUGAAGACAUGGCAUCGCUUUACUGGAAUUGUUUGAAGUCCUGCUAAGUGUCAUUGUAACUGAUCAUAUUAAUCAAUAUGGUGAAAUCUUAUAGGUUGAGAGCUUUAGGCACAAGAACUGUAGCGUUGUGUGAUAUUGGUCGCAGACCUCAUUAUAAUUUGUUCUUCAUGUUUUCUUUUUGCCAUGAUGUGAUUAUAAAAAGCUUUUUUUAGGUCAAUUUUUUAUUAAUGAGCAUAUAAAAUGUUUCUAUGAGCUUUAUGUAAGAAAUAUUAAUUUUGUGUUUAAUUUAUUAAAUUAUCCCACAAUUCAGAUAA